UAAAUCCCAGGCCUGGUAGUGGAGCGCCGAUGAGAGCAGAGAGGUUAGAUGUGAACAUGGCUCUCUCCAGAGGUUUGAGAUGCUGUCAGAGGGUUUUCUCCUGGAUACCUGUUCUUAUCAUCACCUCCGUGGUGCUGUGGUCCUACUACGCCUACGUCUUUGAGCUGUGUCUCUUUACACUCAUCAGCACACUGGAAAAAGUGGUAUAUCUACUGGUGUUUCAUGUUUGCUUUGUGAUGUUCUCCUGGACAUACUGGAAGUCCAUAUUUACCCCCCCUGCAUCACCAUGCAAAAAGUUUCAGCUGUCAUACUCGGACAAGCAAAGAUACGAGUUUGAAGAGAGGCCAGAUGCUCAGAAACAAAUCCUGGUUGAGAUUGCAAAGAAGCUGCCUAUCUUUAGUCGAGCUCAAUCUGGAGCUAUCAGGUUCUGCGACCGCUGCCAGGUACUGAAGCCUGACCGCUGUCACCACUGCUCGGUUUGUGAAACAUGUGUCCUGAAGAUGGACCAUCACUGUCCCUGGGUGAACAACUGUGUGGGCUUUGCCAACUACAAGUUUUUCCUGCUUUUUCUCUCCUACUCCAUGGUGUACUGUGUAUUCAUUGGAGCAACAGUCUUUCAGUAUUUCCUCAAAUUCUGGGUGGGGGACUUGCCAAAUGGGCCCGCAAAGUUCCAUGUCCUCUUCCUCAUGUUUGUGGCGCUCAUGUUCUUCGUCAGUCUCAUGUUCCUCUUCGGCUACCACUGUUGGUUGGUGGCCAAGAACCGAUCCACUUUAGAGGCCUUCUCGGCUCCAGUUUUUGUCGGUGGUCCAGACAGAAAUGGCUUCAAUGUCGGCAUACGCAGAAACCUGCAGCAGGUAUUUGGGGAAGAUCGGAGGCUGUGGUUCAUCCCUGUUUUCUCAAGCCAAGGGAAUGGCCACUACUUCCCCUUGAAGAAUCGUAAUUCUGAGUCCCACAACCCCUUAUUAGCUAAUGAGGACAUGUGGGAGGAGUCGGAUGACGGCUCUGAGGAGGGAAGCUUGGUUGAGGACCAUGAUCCGUCUGUUACCAUAGAGAUGGAGGAAUAGUAAGUUAAUGUAAAGACAAUCUACACUGGAACAGAGGAUGUAGAUUUAAUAUCGCACACACUGUGUACCACGAGGCAAACGCAUUCCAAACCAUGUGGAUGUUCAGACACAAAAAAUUCUGAAGGGGGCCAAACGUGUGGAUUAAAACCUGCAUUUGGAUUGUCAUUGCCACUUUAACCUGUGUGUUUUACAGAAUGAUGAAUACAGGAACUCAAUGGACAACCAGUAGCAUCACCUCUCCUCUCAUGGACGACAGUAUCAGUUUGAUUCGGAUAAAAAAAACUUGUCAAAUAUUACCUCGCAUACAAAACAACUGCUAUUAAUACCAUGGCUCGUAUUUAUUUCCCUCUGGUUGUUCAUCUCAAGGCACUGGCCUCUGUGGGAUUAUACAUUACUGUUAAUUGGGAAGCUUCUGUCUGGCACUGUACUACUUUAUAGGCCUCUGUUUCAUUGUUGGGCUGUGAGUUUACGGUGUUGCACCUUCGAGCUCGAUCUGUGUAGGCUGGUAUCUAAAUUGACACCCAUAAUGCUCCAGAGGUAUCUUGUAGUGAUUCAGUCGUCGGGCCUCUACCAGUUUGGGUCUUGCAGCAUAUUAACAUAAGAUUUUACUUUAUUCAAUGAACAUAAGCAUAUUAUAAUACCUGACUUAACCUCCGCCUUAUUAACAUAUUUAUUCUUGUGUUUUGGGAGUCCAUUUCUCCUAAGAAUGUAUCCAGCAAAAAUAGAUGUGAAUAGACUGUGCCAACAUUUUGGGCACUUAUUUAUGAAAGAACUUCUCAUAUUGUGCUUUAAUAGAGUACUUCAGCAUUAAUAUGGAGUUAAAAUGCCAUUACCAAUGUCUGAUCAGACUAGUGACGGUAAUAAAAACAGAACUAACAUAUAUUUGUAGCUUUGGUUCACAGCUACAGCUCGAUAUGUAUGAGAAUUAAUCCUGGAAUCUCAACAAGAGUAUUAUGGCAAACUUCGAGGUAUACUAUGCAGGAAUUUCCUAAAAAAACAAUGUAUAGACUCACACAAAAAUAAUCCUUCUCAAUAAUUACUGGUGACUAGAAGUGUGUGGUGGUGUCUGUAUCUGCAGAGACCCUGCCCUCUGCCUGUAUUUUCUCUUUUCUUUUUCUUUUUUGCUGUGUUCAGACCAUUUCUGGGCGUCAGCCUUUGGGCAGUUGGUGUGUAGCCCCCAGUCAAUAACAGCAUACAGGUGAGGCUGUGACUUUAUAGAAAGGUAGUGACCAGGUUACAUCUGUCUCCGUCUCUCUCCUCUGCUAGGGAUGUCAUGGUGAGGAAAUGUUCUCACCGGUUAUUAAUUUGUGACAACACCGGUGUUACCUCAUUAACAUUAUUAGGUUCCCUAUUAGCAUUGGUUUUGAAUCCGAAAUAUUGCCAAAUUAGGCGCUUUUGCUUUUCGCUUUGACACCAAAUCCUCCGCCAUCAUCUUGUCUGUCAACUCUCGUUCUGUGUGUGUGAAAUCUGACUUCUGCUACUCUGUGCUGCAGCUCUGUACAGAGCAGAGUCUUUUGCUUUUAGUUUGUAGUGUCCGUCGUCCGACUAUGUAUUGAUGACACGGCGCUGAUGCGCGAAAAUGAACUAAAUAAACUAAAUGGGUUUUAUUUCUAUAAAAAAAACACGAAGCAAAACGACGGUAGGCAAGUCAUGUAAUUGGUGUAUGCCCGAACACUGAGUAAACACUGGUGACAGACUAUCGCAGCAAGCCUACUCUCUCUGUGUCAUGGAUGUGUAAAGAGCUGCAGGUUUGUGUGUCUGUUUGACCGAGGGUGGGGUUGUGCCACACACACACAUGCAGAGCAGAGAGGCCACAGCGGACAUGAUGAAGCGUGCGCUUUGGCUGCAUUCACAUAAAUUGCGGCACCUUCCUGCAGGGUUGUGCGGAGGUGUGGAUGUGUUUAUUUGUGCUUUGGAACGUAACCGCCAUGAAACAAUCAGAAAAUAACAUUUCAUUUUUCUGAUUCACUGCUUUUUCUCGUUAACGCCGCUCCCUCUCUUCAUUCACUCUCUAGCUCCUCUCUCUUGCUCGUUGAGCUGGGGAGGAGGGGCCAACAAAUGUUGUGUGUUCAAACAGUAAGCGAGAAUUGCUGCAUAGUAUACCUUUUAAAUAUAACGUUUAGCACAUAUCCUGAAUAUACUGUAUAUCAUGAUAUCAUUAAAUUAUUUAUAUUUAAAACAAAUGCAGUAAUCAGUUUGAUUUUAAGGUCUGGGAUGAGCAUAGGAGACAUACUGUGAUAGACGUAGUUUUAAAAAUAUACUUGUCACGACCUAUCAGCCAUCCCUAGGCUAGCACGAUAACACUUCUGUGUGGAUGCAAAGCGAAAUUAGUUUUCAUCAUAGCCACAAUACCACUCAUGGAGAGGACAUAGGCUCCUCUACUGUAUGUCUGUUUUCACUUUUGAUCUUUUUAAACUUGCAGAUAACUGUACAUAUACGUAUAUAUUAUGACUGAUCCUCAUCCACUGGUUGGUACAGGUCAGCAAUCUUCUGCAAUAUGAUAGUCUACGUUUUUUUUCUACCUGUGUUUAUGCAUUUUGAAAUUUUGAAUACCAGUGAAACAGAUUCUCCUCAUCGAGACUGUUUGGUUUAUGGAUGUGUGUAUUUAGCCAGUGUGCUUAGUUUAAAACCAUAUCUGUAACUGAGUACACCCAUUUAUUUAGUCAAGGAAAAAGUUAGGCCUUUAUCAAACCUUGAUGCUCUUUGAUCUUCACACGUUAACUUGCUUCAUCAGAUCUGCUUUUCUACUAUGUUGGAAAAGACAAAUCAAAUGCUGCUCAUGUCUAAGAAAUACAUAAGUCAUUUAUUGAUUCAACCUGUCGUUUUCAUCUGAGGUAUGAGUCGGUGUUUGAAAGCAUGUAUAAACCAUUAGGAAAGAUGUGGAUGUUGAGUGUUUCAUGUAGUCUCGUCUAUUUAUUGUUAUAAUCUUCAGCUUUUUUUCUUGUGUAUUGAGUUUACUGAUUCAUUACUGCUGCAGGCGGUGUCUGUAUAUUUUGCUCCAUCAAGUGAAACUUCAAAUAAACUAUUGAAGCAAUGUGCUUUUAUCAAAUAGUAGGAUAUUUAUAACAUGAGAAGAUGACAAAUUAUUCCCAUUACGCAGACAGGAGUUCAACAUUGCUAGAGCACAUACAGUAUGGUCCCUUUUGAAUUGUCUUUGGAGUAUGUGAUUGUGGCGCUUCCCUUUUUCAACACCUCUGAACCACCAAAAGUACUGAUACUGUUACGUUUGCUGUUGUCUUUUAACAAAUAUAAAUUCUUUAUUUUCCAUCAGUUGUUGUAACAUGCAAAAUAAAAUGAUCCAAGUUGAACUGUU